AUGGGUCGUCAUCACGAUCAUCAUAAUAUUUCGCUUCCGUUGGAUAAGGAAGUGGAAGCAGCUUGGACUGAUAACGGCGACGCGUUGAUACAGCCUCAUCACCUCAAGGCAUCUUGGGCCGUGUUGCUUGGCAGACUGUCAGAAGCACAAACAACAACAUUUGCAGUAUUGGAACAAUCGGCAAUUCCGCCGGGCAAUGUGUGUUCCAGAAUAGCGGCAUCGGCUGGGCAUCUGGAGACAUGGGAGAUGUCAGAAAGUUCAGAUAGACCCUUGGUGGAUGCAGCGAAGGAAGUGUAUAGAGAGCCUCUUACAGAGACCCAGGCAUCAACGGGUGUGGCCAUCAGGUGGGAUGAAGAACUGAACUUUUCAUCCAUUUUUCCUUUUGCGUUAAAUAUAAUGAUUCUUUUGGACUGCAGUACAUCACCCGUCCAGAUAUCCAUGCGAUACUCACGGGCAUCUCUGACUGUGAACCAAGCAUGGUCACAAUUAACGACACUUGUUCACAUUGUGGGGCAAAUGGUUAUGAAACCGCUGCUAUCAUUGCGAGAGGUGGACUUCCUCGGGUCGUAUAGCACACGAUUGAUCCGGCAAUGGAAUAACACGUACUCACUUGCACGACCUCAAGUAUGCAUUCAUACCUUGAUUUUAGAGCAUUGCCAGAGCCAACCCUACGCUGAGGCACUGUGUGCUUGGGAUGGUUCUAUCACGUUUGCGGAGCUUGAUCAAUUUUCACUCGCAGUCGGGCUCCAGCUGCUGUCACUGGGUGUUGGCCCGGAGUCAGUGGUGCCGCUCUACUUUGAAAAGUCACGCUGGACGGUGGUCGCUAUUCUGGGAGUACUGAGAGCGGGCGCUGCUUUCGUUCUGCUGGAUCCCUCGCAUCCAAUGCCUCGCCUGGCCGAGAUUUGCUCAGAAGUGAAGGCAACCGUUGCCAUCGCAUCAGAGUCAUUGCAGGAACUGGGUCAGCAACUGGGCCCUCGAGUUAUCAUGCUCCUCGACACAAUCGAAAAUCAUAUCGAGACUGGCAAAAGUACAAUUACCUCACAUGUUAAGCCUUCCAAUGCCGCGUAUGUUGCUUUUACUUCCGGCUCCACCGGAAAGCCCAAAGGGAUCGUGAUUGAACAUCAGUGCUUCGUUGCGAAUACACUUGCUCAGAAUGCAGUCCAGAAUAUCAAUAGUCAAACAAGGGCGUUCCAGUUUGCUUCCUAUGGGUUUGAUAGCAGCAUCCUGGAAACACUCAUGACCUUGGUGGCGGGGGGUUGUGUCUGUAUACCCUCGGAGAAGCAGCGACUCAACGGUCUGGCAGAUGCUAUCCGGGGGCUGCGAGCUAAUUGGCUUGAAUUAACCCCAUCUGUGGCACGUUUCAUCGAUCCCCAAGAGGUUCCCGACGUGCGAUCCGUCUUGCUUGUCGGCGAGCCUAUGUCUCAAGACCACAUCAAACAAUGGUCGGGGACGGGCAAGGUCCAAAUCCUCAACGCAUACGGUCCCGCUGAGUGCAGUGUUGUGACAAGUAUACAGCCCGAUGUGAAGUUGGAAGAUCCCAACAACAUUGGCCGUUCAUAUAGCAGUCACUGUUGGAUUGCCAACCCUCACGAUCAGGAUCAGUUAGAGCCCCUGGGAGCGGUUGGCGAAUUACUCAUCAGCGGACCAAUCGUGGCCCGAGGCUAUCUCAAUCAGCCCCACCAGAAGUCUUUCAUCUCCAACCCUCGUUGGACGUCGCGAUUCGGGAUUCCUGCGGAUGAACGCUUUUAUAAAACCGGAGAUCUUGUACGAUAUAAUCUUGACGAUGGCACGUUACGAUAUGUUGGACGCAAAGACCGGGAGGUGAAACUUCACGGGCAACGCGUCGACCUACAGGAAAUUGAACACCAUGCCUCCCAAUGUCGAAAGGGGAUCAUUGCGGUGGCUGAUGUAGUUCAUGUCAACGAGAGCAGCGCGGGAAAACUCCUUGUGCUGUUCAUUGCCACUGCAGCGAAUGAUGAGAAUCGCAUGACGAAGGAAAGCUUCGUUGUCCCCAUGAGUAAUACUCUCCUUGAUUUGGUCACUGAUAUCAAAAGCUGGCUUCGUGACUGUCUACCGCCAUACAUGAUUCCCAACAAAUUUAUCUUUGUCAAUCGCUUUCCUCUAACCAGAACUGGCAAACUCGAUCGACGGGCUUUAGUUGAUCUUGGAGCAUCAUUAAAACAGUCGCCGUCUGGAGAGCACCCGUCCAAUCAGCGUGAUGGAGAAGAUGUCCAGCUGAAUCCAGAACUUUCGGCCAGUGAAUCUAUAUUAUGCUCGGUGUUUGCUGAAGUGUUGGGUCGUCUGGAAGGAAGCGUCGGUGCCCAAGACAGUUUCUACGAAAUGGGAGGAAAUUCAUUAGCUGCCAUCGAAUUGGUAGCCCGUGCACGCAAGCGUGGUCUGGAGAUUGCCGUUGCGGACGUUAUCCGUCUUCAAAGUCCUCGAGAGAUUUCCCGAUGUACUACGAAAAGGCAAGAGGUUCAUGAGAUUUUGCCAUUCUCUCUUCUCGUGGAUGCUGAACAGAGUCUAUCUGCCGCUACCUUCCAAUGUGGCAUUGAGAGGGAAAUGAUUGAAGAUAUUUACCCAUGCACCCCAUUGCAAGAGGGCCUCAUGCAUCUCUCUGUAAAAAGUCCUGGGACUUUCAUGGGCACAUACCGGUUCUCAUUGGCUCCUUCUACCAACCUGCAUCGGAUAUGGGCUGCAUGGGAACAGCUUUGGCUCGUACAUCCCAUCCUCAGAACACGUAUCAUUCAAACUCAAGACGGUCAAACCCUUCAGGUAGUCACCAAGCAAAAGUCCCCAUGGAAGAAUAUUUCAGCUAUGGAUGAUUCCCAGCCCAUGAACUUGGGGACCCCUCUUGCGCGGGUGACAUUCCAUCCUGAACGAACUUCAAGCGGAUCUGUCUCUGGUGUAUUCCUACUGACCAUGCACCACGCUAUCUUUGAUGGAUGGUCGUAUAUGCAGCUGCUCGAAGAUCUCCAGGUGAUUUACAACAGGGAAAUACUGCAACCACGCCCUGCCUUCAGUCAUGUCAUCAAGUACAUCUCUACGUCAAACACCGAGGAAGAUCGUUCUUUCUGGGCGCAGGAGUUCAAUGAUUUCCAGGCAACAAUUUUCCCUGUAUCUCCCCGGCGGCCGUCCGCCCUACCAAAUUGGAAAAUCAAAAGCCAGCAAACUACCCUAACCAAGUCAGAUAUGGACUGGACGCUUGCCAAUAAAAUCAAAUUGUCAUGGGCUCUUGUGAUCUCUUCACAAACUCACUCAAAUGAUGUGGUAUAUGGGUUGACAGUUUCGGGCCGAAAUGCCCCAGUCCCAGAGAUUGAUCGUAUUGCUGGACCAACUUUUGCAACAUUCCCCUUCCGCACGCAUCUUGAUGAUGAAAUAUCGGUGGAAGAUAUGUUGAUUCAAAUGCGACAGCAUGAUGUCUCGCUCAUACCAUUUGAGCAUACUGGUCUUAGGCAUAUCGCAGAGUCAAGCUCAGAUGCAGCCAUGGCUUGUGGAUUCCAGAACCUUCUCACCAUUAGGUUGCAAUCUCUUCGGAUUUCUCCAGGCGCUUUGAUUGAAAUGCCAGAAAACGAGGAUCACGACUUCAAGUUUGCAUCGUGUCCCCUGUCAAUCGUGGCCCAGCAGCAAGGCAAAUCACUAGAGGUCAAGGCCGUCUUUGAUAGCCACAUUUUGGGCCCUGAUAGGGCUGAAGCACUUUUAGAACAAUUUGAUUCGUUUUUGCAACGAAUCCUCCGUGAGCCCAGGGCAACAAUGAAAGAUCUGAGGAGCCAGCUUCCUCCCGAAUCACAGCAAUUGGCAACCAUAAACAAAAAGACCCUGCCCCCCCUGUAUUGCCUACACGACAUCAUCCAGGGCUUCGGUGCCACCCAAUCAGACUCACAAGCCGUCUGCGCAUGGGAUGGCUCCCUAACAUAUAGAGAAUUUGUCGCGUUAGCGCAAAUAUUGGCAGGCCAUCUCCAGUCUCUCGGAUCCGGGUCGGAACCCGGCGCAGUCAUCGGGAUUUGCGUGGAAAGAUCGAAAUUGUUCCCCAUUGCCAUCCUGGGGGUCAUGAUGUCCGGAGCCGCCAUGGUUUUGUUGGAACCCAACUUCCCCCAGCAGCGUUUACAGCAUAUCUUACGAGAUGCUGGGGCGCGAACGAUGAUAUGCUCUCCCGCAUUCCAAGAGAAGUGCACGGGCAUGGUCGACGAUAUGUUCGUUCUGACUCCCGAUGUCCUGACCCAAGCGGACAACAAUGCUUGGACUCCAUCAGCGGUGUCGCAUCGAGAUCCAAUGUAUGUUGCUUUUACAUCCGGAUCCACUGGUGCCCCAAAGGGUGUUGUGAUAGAGCACGGCAUGGUAUAUUCGAUGAUUCAGGCCCACAAGGACGUGAUCGGCGCAUCAAUUGCAUCCCGGGGCUUGCUUUUUGCCUCUCCCGCGUUUGAUAUCUGCCUUGCUGAGAUUGUCCUUAUCCUCGGAUCGGGAGGCUGCGUCUGUGUACCUUCCGAAGCUCAACGCAUGAACAGCUUAGCGAAAACCAUGACAACCAUGCAGGUCAACAUGGCCAUGCUGACACCUUCUGUGGCUCGAACCCUUUCACCAGCUGCGGUGCCUUGUCUUCGAACUCUGAUUCUUGGAGGAGAGCCCCCAUCAGCCUCUGAUCUGGCAACAUGGGCUUCAGUAGUUCAACUGCAUCAAUCCUAUGGGCCGGCCGAGUGCGCUAUGUACACGACCACUACGGCGCCAUUGACCCCCACCUCGGAUUUGGCCAACGUCGGAUCUUCUCCAAAUGCUUCCUGUUGGAUCGUUGAUCCGGAAAAUCAUGAUGAACUUGUGCCUGUGGGUUCGGUCGGAGAACUACUGAUCGGUGGACCGAUUGUUGGAAGAGGGUAUAUCAACCGAGCCCAGGAGUCUGCAGCAGCCUUCAUCCGUGAUCCUGUCUGGAGCUAUGAAUUCCCCUUCUUGCGAGGAGGCCGGCUUUAUAAGACUGGUGAUCUCGCUGUCUUGAACGCCGACGGGUCUUUGAUUUUGGUCGGCCGAAAGGAUACACAGGUCAAGCUCAAUGGGCAAAGGAUUGAGCUACACGAGAUUGAGCAUUGUGCAGAGAGAUACCAGCACGGUACCGCAGUUAUUGCGGAACUGAUCAAACCAGCUGGCAUCCAUAGACCCAAACUUAUCAUGUUCGCCUAUGAUCCUGGGACGGUAGAAACUACAGUGGGCAUCACGUCGGCCUGUCAUGACCAUCGGGAAGUUUUUAACCCACCAUCAACACAAAAUCAAGCGUACCUCGAAGGUUUAAAACAUCAUCUCAGUCAGCACCUUCCACCCUACAUGAUACCAUCCCUUUUCCUUUCCCUGUUUCGUCUGCCGCUUAGCCCGAGUGGCAAGGCCGACCGCAAGACACUACGUCAGAUUGCAUCGAAAAUGGACAGAGAGACAUUGGAGAUGUAUCUAGACAAUCCGGUGGCAGAGAAACGGGAACCAGUCACAGAUCAAGAGCGGUUUGUGCGUGCAAGCUUCGCCACAGCCCUGUCACUAAAUGAGGAGGCCAUUGGUCUGGACGAUAACUUCUUCGCCUUAGGCGGUGAUUCUAUCACUGCCAUGCGGGUUCUUACUUUGUGCCGGAGAGGAAACAUGGCCAUCUCUAUGCAAGAUUUCCUUUCAAAGAACACUGUUUCCUUGUUUUGCGCACAUGUCAUUGUGAUUCAAGGCGAGGCCGUCGAUUUCAAACGGCAGAAAAUGCUGGACUCACAAAAGUCGAUUCGAGGGAAAGACCUACUUGUAAAGUUUGAGCACAUCGACUACCAGCUGGAUAUGGUUCGAUCAAAGUUGAAUUUGUUGAAAUCGGAUUCCAUUGAGGACAUUUACCCCUGCUCCGACGCCCACAGUGGGGUGUUAGAGCUCUAUACGUCCAAUUACACCAGCACUGCAAUCUUCGAAAUUUCAUCUGCGAAGUCUAUUACCCCGAUGCAGGUGAGCAAUGCUUGGAGUCAACUGGUGCACCGUCACGUCGCCUUGCGGACGGUCCUCAUGAAAGAGCCAAAGUUUCACACAGAUUGUCUCCAUGUAGUCCUCGACAAGGGACCAGCCCAAAUUCUUGCUCUUCCUCCCAGCAAUAAUGCCUUGUCUGAAUUGAAAGAUCUCGAACCAGUCCAAUCGUGGGGCUUGUCACCACCACAUCGCUUAAUUAUUGGUCAGAACCAUGAUGGCACGGUCUUCAUGAGGCUGGAAACGGGGUGUGCCUUGAUUGACGCUUUUUCUAUGACUAUAUUACUAGAAGAGCUUUCUCUCCUGCUACAGGGUCAGCCCCUGCCAGACACAGGGGUCUCAUAUCGUCAAUACCUGUCACAUUUGCGCACCCUGUCACAUGCAGACACGCUGGAAUACUGGAAAAAGGCGCUUUGUGGAGUUUACCCUUCUCACCUGCCCAGACUCCCUGCCACACAGUCCUCUCUCGCCGAAUCUCGCUUACAGAGCCGCUCCCUUCCAUUCGCGCAAUCAAAGCAUCUAGAUUCCUUCUGGCGCUCUAAUAAUCUCACCAUCACCAACGUUUUUCAACUGGCAUGGGCCUUAACACUCUCCCACUUUACAAAUUCGCGGGAUGUAUGCUUCGGCACCGUCACCUCGGGACGCGAUUUGCCUGAUCUUGAAGUAUGGAAUAUUGUUGGAUCAUUUUUCAACGUUCUUCCGUGUCGAAUCGCGAUUGAUCCCACGCGCACGGUGUUAGACACCCUCCGACGGAAUCAGGAGGAUAUUCAGUGUCGAAAUGACCACCAAUACUGUUCCGUGCCAGAUGUAAUCCGCAAAUCUGGAAUCAGAAGCUUGGAAGAUGGUCAGCAGCUGUUCAAUACAGUUCUGACAGUGCAGAACCCCUUCUCGGCAAAAGCAUCUACUGGGAAAGAUGGGGGCAACGAGAUCGAUAUCAAACUCAUCGAUUUGGAGGAUGCGACCGAGUAUGACCUUUGCGUGGCUAUUCUUCCUUCUCCUUCUAGCAUCAAGGUGGAACUACGCUACUGGUCGACCACCGUAUCUGAGGAAUACGCUUCGGAUAUUCUGGAUCGUCUUUUCGAUCAGCUGGAACAGAUUGUACAGCAUGCGACCAAGCCGUUGAGUGUCAUGGCCAGCAUUGAAUGA